AUGAAGGGUCAACUGUUAGCUACAGCGCGUCCCUAUCUGCAGCUCUUCUCGCUCCUCAGCCUGACGCCGCCUCCUAGCAGCUACGAGAGAAGUCAUCAGAGCUGGCAAUGGAAGCUGUUGAUGCUCAUCUUCACCUGUUACACCUGCUGUACCUGCCUUCUGGGUGCCUAUAUUAGCUACGUCAACAUUACGAUACUUGAAGUCGAGAUUAAAGAGCUGAUGGUAGAGGACUUUACCUACGCUUUGGGCCUAUCUCAGAAGAUUAUCUACUUGUUUCUUUUGGUAACUAAUUCAGUUUAUAUGCUGAUCUAUUACCAUAAAUUGGGUCGCAUUUAUUGGGAAAUUUCUUCCUUUGAGCUGGAAAUCGAUGCAGCCUUUCAAUCAUUUGGCAGUCAACGAAAGCAUUCUAGCUUUCGAGUCUACCUCUUCACACGCAUCGGAUUGUGGGCCAUCUUUUUGUUCGUGGUUUUAUCGCGUCUUAAUAUUACUGAGUUCUCGAACUAUAUGGCCUGGCGCGACAAGAUUCUUACCGAGUACAUAUUGCUUAUGAUGCAAUUCAAAAGUCUUGAGUACACAUUGUUUGUGAUGUUAAUCCAGGAAUUACUGCUGCGUCUGCGUCAGAAGCUCAUUCAGAUCCAACAGGAACUGACAGUCUGCGAACAACAUGACCUACUUCAAGCGCUGGUUCAAGCUAUGCGAAAGAAUAAACACUUACUUGCUCGCAUUUGGAAGCUUGUGAGUGAAUUGGAAGAAUACUUUAUGUUGCCAAUGUUGCUGUUCUUUCUUUACAACGGUGUAAGCAUGCUGCACAUUGUAAGUUGGGCCUUCAUACAGGCGGUCAAUCCCAAGGAUUGCUGUCGUUACUUGCGCUUUGGACGCUUCCUGAUUUUGAUAUUUGAUCUCCUGAUACCCUGCUGGAUCAGUCACAACUGCAUAAAAACGUACAACAGUUUUAGUCGCAUCCUUCAUAAUAUUCGCUGUGGUUCUAGUCUGGUUACACCACAGCUUCUCAAGAUGAUCCUUAUGGAGUAUGCCUUGCAGAUGGAGCAUUUAAAAUUGAGAUUUACUUGCGGUGGCUUUUUCGAUAUUAAUCUCAAGUACUUUGCAGGCAUGGUUCUCACCAUCAUCAGCUAUACUACAAUAUUAAUACAGUUCAAGCUGCAGGCGAUGUUGGAGGCCAAACAGGCGGCUACGCAACGUUUGAGUUUAUCAAGCAACGAUAAAAGCUCAUUGAAUGCUUAA